GUUCCUUAGCAACUGGCGAAAGAGUCGCUUCCACCUUAGCAACGAGUGAGGCCCUACCAUGGCGGAAGAGGAGGAGGAGAACAUCGCCCCGCCGGAGAAAAUCAUCAGGAGUCAGCUGGUGUUUCUGAACCUGCUGGACACAUACAGCAGCAGCAAUAUCGGGAAGUACUUGUCUAACUGUAUAGUUGGGGCAUCACUUGAAGAAAUAACAGAAGAAGAAGAAGAAGAUGAUGAAAGCAAAUCAGCCGGCCUAGAAGCCUUAGCAACUAAACCAAAGGACGGCACUUAUCAGAUAGUAGGAACCCUUUCCAGUCCUGAAUGCAAGCCUCCAGAAUUUGCCUUGGAAACAUACACAAACCUUUCCCGAGAAGAGCUGCUGUUGCACCUGCUUGAAUGUGAUGUUAUCAUUUAUAACAUCACAGAAAAUAUACCACAAGUUGAUGAAGCUAUGUGGGCUGUUUCUGCACUAAGUGAAGAAAUAAGCCAUUUUGAAAAACGAAAGAUUUUUAUCUUACUAUCAACCAUGAUGACCUGGGCACGAUCCAAACCCCUUGACCCUGACGAUCUUGAAAUUCCCUUUAGUGAAGAGGAUUAUCGUAGGAGAAAACCUCACCCUAAUUUUUUAGACCAUAUAAAUGCUGAAAAAUUGGUUCUAAAAACUGGAAAAAGUAACAGAAAAUUUGCAACCUAUGUAGUUGCUUCUGGUCUAAUUUAUGGAGCAGAAGAAGGCAUCUUACAUUUAUUUUUUAAGAUGGCGUGGUUAGGUGAAACCCCUACAUUGCCAGUCUUUGGUGAUGGUACAAAUAUAAUUCCAGCAAUUCAUGUCCUUGAUUUAGCAGGAGUCUUACAAAAUAUAGCCGACCACGUGCCGAAGGUUCACUACCUGAUCGCGAUGGAUGAAGCCUCUCAUACGCAAGAAGAUAUAUUAAAGUGCAUCAGUAAAAAUGUUGGCCCAGGAAAAAUCCAAAAAUUUGCUAAAGAAAAUGCAUUUUUAAGCAAAGAAUUAACACAAGGACAGCUUGACCAUUUAUUAGUCAACUUGAGAAUGGAAGCUUUAUUUGUGAAGGAAAAUUUUAAUAUUAGGUGGGUUGCCCAGUCAGGAUUUGUGGAAAAUAUAGCGAAUAUCCUCAAAGAAUACAAGCAAAGUAGAGGAUUAUUGCCUGUUAAGAUUUGUAUUCUUGGUCCUCCUGCUGUGGGGAAAUCAUCUAUUGCAGAAGAAGUGUGCAAGCACUACAAAUUACACCAUAUUAAAAUAAAGGAUGUGAUUACUGAAGCUAUAGCAAGGCUGGAGCUUCUUGUUACACCUAAAGAAGAAUCAGAAGGGGAAGAACAAGAGGAAACUGAUAAUGAUGAAGAAGAAGAAGAAAACUUAGAAGAGAUUCAAGAACUCUUAGAUGGAGUCAAAGAAAGCAUGGAACAGAAUGGAGGUCGUUUGGAAGAUCAAUAUGUAAUUAGAUUCAUGAAGGAUAAACUAAAGUCUAUGCCAUGCAAAAACCAAGGUUACAUUUUGGAUGGAUACCCAAAGACCUAUGAUCAAGCAAAAGACUUGUUUAAUUUAGAAGAAGAGGAAGAAGAGGAAGAAUCUAGGGGCAAAAUUCCUCCAUUUGAUAAAUUAACCAUACCUGAAUUUGUUUUUGCUUUGGAUGCAUCUGACGAAUUCUUAAAGGAGAGAGUCAUGAAUCUUCCUGAAGCCAUUGUAGUUGGAACCCACUAUGUCCAGGAUAGAUUCUUGAGAUCACUCAGUAACUUUCGUGAUAUAAAUACCGAAGAUGAGACUGUUUACAACUAUUUUGAUGAACUUGAAGUCCAUCCACACCACAUUGAUGUAGGAAAAUUUGACCAUCCUCAGAAUAAACUUGCCAUUGGGCAGAUUAUCAAAGACAUUGGAGCACCUCGAAACUAUGGCUUAACAGAUGAAGAAAAAGCAGAAGAAGAGCGGAAAGCUGCAGAGGAACGCAUAGCAAAGGAGGCUGCAGAGGAGGCAGAGCGCGAGCAUAGGGAGGCUAUUGAAACAGCAGAAAAGAUAGCACGUUGGGAGGAGUGGAAUAAACGACUAGAGGAAGUAAAAAGAGAAGAAAGAGAAUUACUCGAGGCACAGUCUAUUCCACUUAGAAACUAUUUAAUGACAAAUGUGAUGCCAACGCUCAUGCGAGGCCUGAAUGAAUGUUGUAAGGUCAGACCAGAUGAUCCUGUCGAUUUUCUGGCAGAGUAUCUCUUCAAGAACAACCUUGAAAUGGAAUGA